AUGAAAGUUUGCGUUUUCAUUCUCAUAAUAGGAUUAGUUCUUUGUAACUAACUUAAUGGAUAGAAUAACCUUAGAUAAGAUUAUUAGUUUGCUCCAUGGAGUUUGGAUUGCACAAAUAGAUGUUAAAGUGCUGGAGGAGUUGUUUGCGGAUAUGAAACAUAAGUUUGUUGCAAAUCAGGUAGAUGCUAAAAAGGUUGGAAAUCUGAGUAAUGCGGUAUUUGGGAUAGAAUUCAUGUUCUUAAUUGCGUUCCAGGACCAAGCAGCAAAUGA